AUGCCCUCGUUGAGAGACAAAGCCACACGAUAUUCCUCGAACCGCCACCAUCGAGACACCUUCUUCUACCACUCCGCCCAGUCCAAGUUGCAACGCCUCUUCCCCGGCUUCCUGAGGUUCAAGCCGUCCCUCGAAAACCCAACUAUAGACCGUCGUCUGGGCAGCCGGCGAUCGGAUAUGCCUCAGGCUUCGGAAGAGAAAGUCUUUGUCACUAGAAACAAGCCAUCUCGCUCAUCAAUUGAACACACUGUAUCUCAUUCACAUACUAACCAACCUAUUGGCACAUCACGAAAGUCCCGGUCUAAGAAGGACCAGGAGAGCGGUCAGGACCGUCGAGGUUCUCCUGCCUCCCCAAGCGGCCAAGUCAACUCGUCCCCCCAAGGACGCCGCACCAACCUCGCAGACGAGUGCGCAAAGCUCCUCAACGUGCCUCUGCCGCCAGAUGCUGGACGGGGAGCCGCCGCCUCCUCAAACGCCGAGCCCACUACGAAGCCGUCGGCCGCCUACCUAGACUACCGCAUCAACCAGGAGCUGUGCCGCCGCAAGCAAAUCAUCGUCGACAGUUUAAUGGCUGCUAUCUCGGAAUGCUUUAAACGAAAACUGGAGGCACUCGAUGAAGGGUGCGAUCCCGCCUCUGGAGGAUCGCACCCUUCAUCGGGCUCCGUUCAGGGCAUCAAGUCCACGUCCCGCUCGUCGGCUGCUGGCCAGAAGAGGUCUAGCCGCCACGGUAGCAGGGACGAGAGCGACAACAGUGAGGAUGACGACAGCUUCAGGAAGAAGAAGGACAAGAAGAGGGCUAGGAUCGAAAAGGACGACACCAAGCCGCGCUUCGCAUGCCCCUAUCACCAGUACGACCCCAAGACGUUUGGAGCGAAGCGCACGUGCUGUGGUCCAGGCUGGACAGAGCUACCUCGGGUAAAGGAGCACCUUGAGCGCAGCCACAGUCUUCCCAAGUUCCAAUGCAACAGAUGUUGUCGCCGGUUCAAGAAGGAUGAAGAGCUCAAGAAGCACCAGCGAGAGACUACCCCUUGCACGGUCAAGGACCCAAGCAAGAUGCCUCGAGAUCUCGCGGAUGGAUACGACGAGGAACAGGCCAGGAAGCUCAAAGCAAGAACCCGAAAGUCUCCAGAAGAGAAGUGGAAGGAGUGGUAUGGCAUCUUGUUCAACAUGGACCCUGAUGACCCUAGCAUCCCGUCACCUUACCAUGACGCUUCUCUAUCAACAGCCAAAGCUUCCACCAUCAACCGGGAAAGCAUCCCCGAGUACCGCGAGUGGUGGACAAAAGCUAAGCCCGUCAUCCGCCACCGCGUGACCAAGGAGGUUGAAAAGGCGCUCAUGCACUAUGAGCCGCAGGUCAAGCACGACAUCAUUGAAAGUCUACGGGACCUCCCACGUUGCAUUGCAGACCUUUUCCCCCUGCCGGGCCUAACCUCGGAAGAGACGUCAGACAUGGCCGAGGAGACGGGCUUCCUCGACUUCCUGGACAUGGGAGAUGACUACAUCUUUGGGGACGUCGACGGCACAGGCUUUCUCAAUGACAACUCGGCUACGUUUGGCUCUUCGGAGUCGUCUGAUUGCUCGGACCCGUAUCAAGCUGGGACCAGCUCUGCCACUUCGGUGGAGGACGAUGUCUACCAGAGCUUUGAUGCUAAAACUGGGUUGGCACCCGAGUCGUUUCACUUGAGCUACUCAGCCAACAACCUUUACUAA